AUGUCGAUCGCUUGCCGUCCAACCCGUCCAUCCUCGCGUGAUACCGAAGCAGGCCAGAACACCGUAUCCCAGACCCUGCGUGAAGGCUUGCCACGGAUUAACGACAGCGACACCGCGGUGAUACUGCACUCCUCCGGCUCGACGGGCACUCCGAAGCCACUAUACUUGAGUCACCGCGUCCUGGUCUCGCAGGCUCGCAUCGGGCCUGGGUGGAGUGCUUUCAACACCCUGCCCUGGUAUCACGGGUACGGCCUGGCGACCGCGCUGCAGGCCAUGUACAGCCGAAAGACGGCAUUCGCGUGGGAUACCUCACUGCCGAUCACGGGGCGGGCACUGGUGGCGGCCCUGCAGGAAGCCCAACCGGAGUCCAUCCACUGCGUCCCGUAUGUGCUUCAGCUACUGGUGGACGAGCCCGACGGCAUCCGCAUCCUCCAGGCCUGCCAAUUAGCGACGUUCGGCGGGGCCGCGUGUCCGGACCAGCUGGGCGAUCGCCUGGUGGCCGAGGGAGUCCGGUUCGGUGGAUUGUUUGGAUCAACGGAAGCCGGCCUGGUGGCUGGGUCCAUCUCGCGGCCUCUAAAUGAUCGCGGUUGGAACUACUUGCAGUUCUUUGACCAUGUCAGCGCAUUCGUCCAAAUGAAGCCCAUCGGCGACGGUCUCUACGAAUGCGUCUAUCUGCGUGGCCACCCGAGCCUGAGCGCUUCCAAUACAGACGACGGUUGUUAUCACUCUCGCGAUAUCUUCCUAAAGCACCCCAGUCUUCCGAACCGGUGGAGGUAUGUUUCAGGGUUAGACGAUCAAAUCACCCUCGUCAAUGGUGAAAAGGUGCAUCCCCUGUGGAUCGAAGAGACGAUCAGACAGCAUCCCUUGGUGCAGGAAGCCGUUGUGGUCGGGAUCCACGAGGCCGUGCCGGGUCUGUUGAUCUUCCGCUCGAAGCACGCCCAGGAUCUGGACGACAAAGCGAUUGUGGACCAGGUUUGGGGAGCCGUCGAAGACGCCAACUCCCGCGCUGAGCAAUUUUCGCGGAUCUCCCGGGGACUGGUCAAAGUCUUGCCCGCCGGUGUCACGUGCCCAGCGACGGACAAGGGAUCUAUGAUCCGAGCUCAAGUGUAUAGGCAAUUCGCUACAGCGAUUGAAGAGAUGUACCAGUCUUUGGAGGCAGGGACCGGUGCUCUAUUAUUGGGGGUCAAAGAAACCGAAAGGUAUCUUCUCAAGCUUUGCCAAGAAGAUCUGGGUCAACAGAUCACGCCAAGCGAUAACCUUUACUCCAAAGGCGUGGACAGUCUCCAAGCGAUCAGCCUCCGCCGGAUGAUUCUGAGGGACUUCCGGUUCCCCGGUGAGCGGACGCUCCGUCCAAACGUCGUGUACGAGAUGGGAAGUAUAUCUCGGCUGGCGAAAGAAAUUUGCGCGAUCCAGCAGGGCCGGCUCACAGAUGCCCCGGAUGGUUCUCGGGCACUCGCAAAUAGUCUGUUCGCACAUGGUCUAGUCCAGAAGUACGGAUCGUUCAAACGUCACCACACUCCAGGGCACUGUGCCUCUGAUCGCAAAGCUGUGAUUUUGACCGGCGCGACCGGGUCCACCGGCGCGCAUCUGCUCGAGAGGCUAGUGGAAGAUAAGAGUGUCUCCACGGUAUACUGCCUCACGCGACAAUCCCGGCCGAAAGAAGCCAUCCUGCGCAGUCUUGCACACAAGGGCCUAGCCGUUGUCGAGCCCGACGCCUCCAAAAUCGUCGGCCUCGAGAGUAGGCUGGACCGAGCGGAUCUCGGCCUCGAUCCAUGCCUGUUGCACGAGUUGAGGCAAUCCGUCUCCCUGGUCAUCCAUACCGCAUGGCCUGUCAACUUCGCUUUGCCACUGGAGAGCUUCGAACCACACAUCCAGGGCCUCCACAACCUGAUCAACUUCUCGCAAUCGGUCGACUCCGCCACUCCGGCCGUUGUCCUGUUCUGCUCCUCGAUCUCAACCGCCCUUGCGUCAUCCGUAUCGGACAUCGAGGAAACACCGCUGGCGAUCGAGUCGGCCCUGUCCAUGGGCUACAGCCAGUCCAAGUGGGUGGGAGAACAGAUCGUCAGUCACUCGCGGAGUAUGGGCGCGCGUGCCUAUUCCCUGCGCAUCGGACAGAUUUCCGGUCACUCCCAGAGGGGUCUGUGGAAUGAUUCGGAGGCGAUUCCGCUGCUGGUCCGGUCCGCCCUGACGCUGAAGGCGUUGCCGGAGAUGGACGCGACGUGCUCCUGGUUGCCUGUGGAUCGGCUGGCUCAGUGCAUCCUCGAGAUUGCCGGGACAUGCCUCGAGAGAGCGGGAACGGCGAUCCGUGACGGCGUCGACAGCUCUACUAAUGGUGACGUCGAAACCGGCACCGGCGAUGGCUCGGUCUAUAACAUAGUGAAUCCCCACGCCUUCACCUGGGCCGCACUGUUGGAACAGCUCAAGCGAGGCGGAUUUCAAUUCGACCCGGUGCCUUUUGCCGAGUGGCUGCAGCUGCUGGAGGCGAGUGAAGCCCGACACGAAGAGAGGAUCAAUCCAGCCGUGAAGCUGAUCUAUCAUUACCGGACGACAUAUGGCCAGGGGGGCGCCGCCGAGCUCGCCAAGACCUUCACGAUGCAGAAUGCCCGACGCGACAGCGAGACCCUCCGAGAGGGCACCGAAAUGCUGGAAGGCGGUGUCCUCGGCCGCUAUGCCAGGGAUUGGCUGAAUCGCUGGGAGACUAGCUCCGCGCGACCGGCGACCGCCAGCUAA